UUUUUUUUUUUGGGUUUGCAUGUCCUCCUCAACAUUUUGUAACUCUGGAAAAAAAAAGCGGCAUAGCGGCAACUUUAAGCCACCUCGCGACCACCACACCCCCCUCCUCCCCGGGUGUCAGAAGACUACCAGUGCCCCCCACACCCUCCCAUACUUAAAAAUAAAAUUGAGGCAAAAAAGUGAAGCAACACGAGGGUGAGCGCCGGCACAGGCGACACCUUGAGACGUUUUUUUUUUCUUCCUCUUCUCCUCCUUUAAUUUCUUCAGAGACUGAAAGUGAAAAAGUUCCCCACCUGAGGGCGAAGCUGACACGAAGGAGGCGAAGCGAGCAGCCGCGGGAGCAGCGAGACAACAUGCACAAAUGUCAGAAGAGGCAGAAGUGGAUGUGAGACACGGAGACACCCAGAGAGACAAAGAGCGAGAGAGGGCAAGAGACUUGACUUUAAGAGACAAGAGCGCUGACAACUCCAUGCAGUUCGGGACCAGAAGCACAAGCACUGAGCCUGGCUUCAUGGGGACAUGGCAGAACAGUGACAGUAACCUGCUCUUCAGAAUGUCCCAACAGGCCAUUCGCUGCACACUGGUUAACUGCACUUGUGAAUGUUUCCAGCCAGGGAAAAUCAACCUGCGCACCUGUGACCAGUGCAAACAUGGCUGGGUGGCUCAUGACUAUCGCUCAGCCCUGGACAAACUCAGUACCCAACACCUCUACCACCCAACGCAGGUGGAGAUUGUGCAGUCCAAUGUGGUGUUCGACAUCAGUAGCCUGAUGCUUUAUGGUACGCAGGCAGUGCCGGUGCGCCUCAAGAUUCUCUUGGACCGUCUCUUCAGCGUUCUCAAACAGGAGGAGGUGCUGCACAUACUGCACGGCCUGGGCUGGACACUACGCGACUACGUCAGGGGAUACAUCCUACAGGAUGCUGCAGGCAAGGUGCUGGACCGCUGGGCCAUCAUGUCUCGGGAAGAAGAAAUCAUUACCCUCCAGCAGUUCCUGAGGUUCGGCGAAACCAAAUCUAUCGUGGAGCUUAUGGCAAUUCAGGAGAAAGAAGGCCAGGCGGUGACAGUGCCCUCCUCAAAAGCCGACUCUGACAUCAGGACUUUCAUUGAAAGCAACAACCGCACCCGAAGCCCCAGCUUGUUGGCCCACUUGGAAAACAGCAACCCCUCCAGCAUUCACCAUUUUGAAAACAUGCCAAACAGUCUGGCCUUCCUCCUCCCUUUCCAGUAUAUCAACCCCGUUUCUGCCCCGUUGCUUGGGCUGCCCCCCAAUGGCUUGAUGCUUGAGCAGCCGGGGCUCAGACUGCGGGAACCCACCCUGCCAGCCCAAAGUGAAGCCAAUGAAAGCAGUGAUUCAGAAGUGUCAGUGUCCCCCUUUCGCAGUGGCCAAAGCCCCAACCGCAGUGCUCUGAGUAAUGUCAGUAAUGUGACGGAGCCCAAGUCGGAGCCCAACAACAUCUCCUCCAUCUCGCCGCCAUCGCCGCCACCCCAGCAAUCAAGUAACAGUCUUAACGACCACCAUCUGGUGAAAACGGAGCAGUCAAAAAGCAUUUCUUCAUCUUUUUCCUCCAAAAUCCACCGCAUGCGUCGCAUGGGCUCCACGUCUCGUAAAGGGAGAGUGUGCUGCAACGCCUGUGGGAAAACCUUCUACGAUAAAGGUACACUGAAGAUCCACUACAAUGCGGUCCACCUGAAGAUCAAACACCGAUGCACCAUCGAGGGCUGCAACAUGGUCUUUAGCUCUUUGCGUAGUCGCAACCGCCAUAGCGCCAACCCCAAUCCACGCUUACAUAUGCCAAUGUUGAGGAAUAACCGGGACAAGGACCUUAUCCGUGCCAGUUCUGGGUCCAGCACCCCAGUCAUUUCUAGUACCAAGAGCAGCUUGACCCUUACCAGUCCCGGUCGGCCCCCAAUGGGUUUUACCACCCCUCCACUAGACCCGGUCCUUCAGUCUCCCCUGCAGAGCCCUAUAGUCUUCUCCUCUUUGAAAACGGUUCAGCCUGUCCCUCCAUUUUACAGAAGCCUUUUGUCACCAGGAGAGAUGGUCAGCCCUCCUGUGUCCUUGCCAACUAGUCCCGUAAUGCCCAGCUCGACCACUUCCACUGCAAGUAACGUGCUGUUAGAUCAGCAAUCACAAGUCCCAAGUUCAACUCACCCAAUUCUCCUCUCUGAAGCCACAUCUACAGCUCAUAGUCUGGUGCUCCAAAACAAUUAUGACACAUCCAUCAUUGACCCCACACCCAAGAAAAAACCCAGAAAAUCUAGUAUGCCAGUUAAGAUUGAAAAGGAAAUUAUUAACGUGGCAGAAGACUUUGACGAAGAAGAUGAUGAGGGGAUGGAAAAUGAAGGCGUGAUCAAUAACAACUCAGACUGUCCCCAUCUUCUGCACAAUCAUCACAACCAUCAGCACCCAAACGCAGUUAACAACAAUCAUUGCCAACAUUCCUCUCAGGAUGAAAUGAGUCCCAGCCAGGCUUUGAAAAGCAUGCUUCGUCAGGAUCAGGACGACAGGCGGAGCACUGGAGGGGGAUCCGAAAUGCCUUGCAUGGGGAGCUUCACUUCAGAGGAGCAGGACCACGAUAAGGACUUUGAGAAUGAUUCAGAAGCCUCAGAGACCAAAAUGUGCUGUGGAGAUCCUGACUCCAUGGAGUCGGAAGACUUGCAGCGCCAUCACCAUCACCACCAUCUCCACCACCAUCACAUUCAGCAUUUGAGUGCUAAAGACAGAAUGGAGAAGGAGCAACUUGAGCAAGAGGAGGAGGACAACCAUUUGAGGGAGAAACUGGAGGAUAAGCACGAGUCCUUGCCCUCGCCACAUCAGCCAGUCAUCAAGAUUAAAGAAGAGCUCACCGACCCUACUUAUGACAUGUUUUACAUGAGCCAGUAUGGCCUUUACAAUGGAGGAGCUGUCGCAGCCGCAGCUAGCAUGGCCGCUUUACAUGAGUCCUUUGUCUCGUCCAUGGGCUUUGGUGGCAGUACACAAAAAUAUCCCUCCCCUGAAGGUGACCUCUGCUCCAGUCCCGACCCCAAGAUCUGCUACGUGUGCAAGAAGAGCUUCAAAAGCUCGUACAGCGUUAAACUCCACUACAAAAAUGUGCACCUGAAGGAGAUGCACGUCUGCACGGUGGCAGGCUGCAAUGCUGCUUUUCCAUCGAGAAGAAGUCGGGACAGGCACAGCGCUAAUAUCAACCUUCACCGCAAGUUGUUGACCAAAGAAUUGGACGAGAUGGGUCUUGAAACUCACCACACUCCUCUUCCCCGAGAACUGCGUGAUGAGUUCCUGGCCAAAAUAUACGGCGGACAUCCAUUAGGAUUCGAUGGUAGCUUCGGGCGAGAUGAAUCCAAUUCACCGGCUAUCCCAGAGUACUUGCAGACCAAUGGCUACUACCGGGGACCUCCCGAAGACUGCAUGGUUUUGGACCUCAGUACAACCUCCAGCAUCCAGUCUAGCAGUAGUAUCCAUUCAUCCCGAGAAUCUGAUGAAGGCAGUGACGAAGGAAUCCUGCUUGAUGACACUGACGGGGCUAGCGACUGCGAGGAUUUUUCCUAUAAAUCUGACGGGCUGGCCCAGAUGGGUGUGUCAGGAAUGGUUGGUCAGGAUGGCCUUCUUGAAGCCUCUUCCACUAUGCUACAUUCUGGCUCUGUUGGCAGUGGUGGAAUCAUGUGCAACAUCUGCCACAAAAUGUACAGCAACAAGGGGACCCUGCGAGUGCAUUACAAAACCGUUCACCUGCGCGAGAUGCACAAGUGCAAAGUGCCCGGCUGUAAUAUGAUGUUCUCAUCGGUGCGCAGCCGUAAUCGGCACAGCCAGAACCCUAACCUUCACAAACAUGUUCCUUUUACCUCUGUUGUAGAGUAGCCAAUGCAUAUCUUCUUAUAACCCUGGCCCAUCACUCCUGAAACCCAGACCACAAACUCAGUGUGAUGCCAACUUGUGUAAGGCUGAUUGACUUCUUCCGGAUUUGGCAUUUUUUAUAUUGAUUAAUUGAAAACAUAACAGAAAAAUGAAAGAGACAAAAGUGCUAUUG